AUGAGGGCACCAAAGAUUUCUUUGGCUGCCGCCUUGUCGGUAUUCCUGUUGCUUUCUUGCCUUCUUGGUAAUGUUGCUGGGCUUGCUCGGCGACAGCAUCCAGGUCGUUACCGUGUCGUGCGCGGCAACCACCUCUUUGAAGCUCGCCAGCUUGAUGGAGAGCCUGACAAUGAAUACGGCCCCCCUCCCCCUUACUACACUAGAGAACCCGUUGUUCCUGUUGACACCACCUCCCAUCCGUCUUCCAAGGAGGUCACUGCAACAGAUAUCGAGACUGGUUCAUCCAGAGUUACCAUGACCUCUGGAAACUAUACUUUUUCUCGCGGAAUUUCUUCACUUCCUUUAUCCUCUGUUGUGGAUACCAACACCGCUUUGCCAUCUGCUGCUUCGAGUGCAAAGGCUGGUAGCACAUCCAGCUCCGAGACCCCGACCGCUGUUGGUACCACAGCUCCGGCUUCAUCUCGUGUGACUGAAUCUUCUGGCGAUGAUAUCCUGACAACUGCGGAUGGUCAUUUGUCUGCCACAUGGAGCAAUGGUACUUCUUCUACCGGUACCCAUUCUUCUGCUACUGUUGAGAGUGGCACUAUCAUUGUGGAUGGCACUUCGUCCGAUGUUCAAACCAAGUCGCUCUCAGAGGUUGUUGCAUCAACAUCGUUGUCAGAAAACUCAGGAGUGACUACGUUGGCUAUGACUACAACAAAACUCCUCAACACUACUAUGACAGCCACAAACAUGGUGGAAUCUACCGAACUAGUGCCUUCAUCUACAACAUACCUCACGACGACAGCCACUGUCAUGGAAGAGAAUCCUUCGUUCUCCAGCCUGGCUUCUGGCUCAUUCAGAACAACCGCAUCUGAAAGCGCUGUCAGUGAAGUUUCAGUUUCCGAGUCCAUGCAAACGACAUCUCUUGUCGCUAGCGAGGUUCUCAAUGGAACCACCGUUGUUACUACAACAACUUAUCUGACAACGACGCUUGAUGCUGUCACUGCCUCCGACGGAUUGUCCAACUCACCUGAUGGCUCUUCUUCUGCUACCUCUGAUGGCAUGUCGGGUGCUGGGACUGGAGAGGUUUCUACGACAGUUGUUUCGAUUACUGUAGCCUCAUCUGGUAACUUCACAAACGCAAGGUCUUCCUUGACUACAUUGGUGCCGUCUACUACCAUCCUUUCUACUUUCUUUACUUCCACUUCUACGCUGAGUGGAAGUCUUAUGGAUUCUGAAUCGGAUGUUUCCGCAGUUCCCAUUCAAACUUCUUCAGACAAUCUUGUUGCAUCUAGUGCUCUGCCUACCAAUGCGACAUCGAAUGCAGUCGCAAGCUCGGUCACUAUUACAACAAACUCUGAGAACUCGGUCGUAACUAUCAUUCCCGGUGGUAUCCCUCCGACUGGCAACGCUACAGUGAUGGUCAGUAGCUCUGCCUCGACAGACUAUUCGACUUCUUCCCUUUCGCCUUUCAACACUUCAGCGACGCUUGAGUCGGCAUCAUCUUUCCAAGAGACAGGCUCGUUUCUUGACUGGUCCACUUCAACAAUAGUCGGGUCACAAACUUCUCACACUACUCUGGGUCUUCCCCCAGUCCCUUUCACGAGUUUUUCGUUUUCGAUUAUUACCACACCAAUGACUCCACCUGAUGUGAUGACUACCUCAACUCCGUCACCAUCCCAGAACGUAACCGUGAUCAUGUCUACGUGGACUUCAACCAUCACGACUAGUCUUGGACCAACAGAUUUCACAUCAUCUGCCGAACCAACAGCGGCUCAUAGCAGCAGUGGCUACAACUUCUCCAAGACCUUGGAAUCGGAGAUGAGUUCAGUUGGUUCUUGGUCUACAUCUGUCAACAACCUUUCAGAUAACAGCACUUCCAUCAUCACAAGGCAACCUACCAAUCUGCCAUUCCCGAUCAACACUACCAUCGAUUGGCAAUCAAUGGCAUCUUCAAUACCCUUGACUCAAUCCGCUGAGACCGUGGGCUCUUCGGGACGGCACACCACGUUGACUGCAGCUAGCUCAGGCUUCAAUAGCACCGCGCCGUAUGUGAACUCAACUUCGACCAUAGUUUCCACAUCGUACUCCACGUCUUUUGAUGCGAUUUCUUCCAAGAUGGCUUUCACUACUUACCCUUCAUGGAACACUACCAACACAGUUCAGGGACCUGUCAAUUCCACUCUUGGAGCAACCACCUUUCAUGCCACUACUGAAUCGAGUAUGAGUGCUGCCACUCCAAGCUUGAACGGAACGGCGUUCAUUACAUCCCCAUCCCCAACUUCAGAACAUACUGAGCUCGUCACGAUAUCUGGCAGUGUCUCGACUCAAACAUUCACAAACAUCCCAGUGUCGAUAAUAACUCUGACUUCUGCUAUCUUUUGGUCGAGCAGUGCUGCUACUAUGUCUUUGAAUAACACACCACCUUUUCCCUUUCCGUCAAACACGACAGUGGCAGGCACCGGUGUCCCACUUCCGACGACUGGCACGGGGGCUCAUCCUACCAUUGUCAGCACCCUAGGAAAUUUCUCAACACCUUACAGGACUUUGACUUCGACGAUCGAGCCGAAGUACCAUACAUCCAACACCACCCAAAAUGGUACCGCAUCGGGGCCCUCUACUGCCGUGGGCACAAAUACACCCCAUUUCCCCAGCACCAACUCGACUACUACGGCCGUUGUUACGUUCUCGUCUAUCCCUUCGUGGACUCCUGACCCUGAACCGUGGACAACAUGGUCGACUUGGAGCCUUUCAGGCAAGCCGAACCCUGUGACAACAAACGGUCUACCCAGAAUCACCUUUGGUAACCUGAGUAGCGAGGCUCCAGUGCCAACCACGUACACUCGUACUACGACGUUGUCUCUUACUACCACUCUAGCAGAGUCAACUGCUUCCCGGUCAUUUGAUGGCAACUUCAGUAGCAAGGUCUCAUAUUCAACUUCUUAUACUCGUACUACAACGCUAUUCCUCACUACUACUUUGGCAGAGCCAAGUACAUCCCAGCGUCGUUUCCAGAACUUGACAAGCACUUCUUCAUCAUCUGUCUCAUACACUAGUACCACAACUUUGUUUCUGACUACCACUCUGAGGAGAGGAAGUUCAUCUCGUGUAUCUGAUGCCGCAAUCACUUCGACGGCCUCACCAUGGUUGAAUACUACCUUGGCAUCUGCGCAUUCUUCAGAGACAACACCACCCUGGUCCGAGGUAUCGAGCACCUUUCUUACUACUGGUAGUGCAAAGGGGAUCUCAACCAGCGCUGAGAGCUCUGUCUCAACACCGUUCCCUAUGAUUAAAUCAACUCUCUCGCAGGCGACAUCUUCAACAGUUGGCACCCUUACCACCAGGUAUACCCCCGAUGGUUCAGCAGGUGUAACAACUCCCUGCGAAAUCUCAUCCACGACAUCAUCAACCUGCACGGAUUCACUGUAUUAUCCCACACAUGUGUUGUCAUCAUCAGUGGGUUCAGUCAGCACUGAUUGCUUGACCGCAACCAGCGGCACGGCUUCAUCAUGGUCAUACUCCCUAGUGUCCACGAUUUCGGAUCGCACCUCAACUACUUGCAAUACCACAAGCCCAAUGUCGAACUACAACACGGCGCACUGGUCGAACAUGACCAACACGUUCGGCGUGAAAGACGCAGAGACAAACACCCAUGGGUCGCCCACGACAUUCAAGACGGUCACUACCGUCCAGGCAGAGAUGUCGGGUUCGGUAUGGGACGACUACCCUACCCUAACAGACAAAGUCGCUCCGUCUGAUGUGUUGCCCUCAGACCUCAACUUCCCCUGGGGAGAUGACUCCCCGAUCCACCGUCACCAGAGCGUGUCUGACUUGGGCAUCGGUGUUGGCAAUGGGGAAGUGGGCAAGAGGGGCAAUUGGCGACUUCGAUGGGAGAACGUCAAGGACAGACUCAAGGGUUUGUGGGAUGGGCAGACUUCGGAGAGUGAAGAUUAG